AUGGAAGGCACCUCCCGUAUCAAGAACCGUGGGAAAGGUCAAUCCCACCCGGGGACGCCUAGGUCGAAGGCAACCAAAGCACUGUUGCACCCUGAUUCCGACCCCGAACAACUUUUACAGCAGAGCGUGGGCAGGCUGUGCUCAUCGCCACCGUCACAUCUGUCCUCCAAAGACCAGGCUCUACUCAAGCAUUAUGUCCACCAUGUCUCAGGGCUGCUCUCAAGCACGGAUGAUCGAACAAUCAACACUUACUGCAACACCAUACUGCGCAUGGCUUGGGAUUCUAAUCUCUUGAUGAACACGCUGUUACUGGUUUCAGCAUCGCACCUUGCAGGCAGGUCUGAGCAAACCGCUCUCGACGUGCCUCAUUAUCGCCACCGCGUCCUGCCUGAGCUUCGUGCCUACGUCGCGAACUGGCAGGGUUUCGACAAAAUCAUCCUAGCAACCAUCAUCAUGAUGAGCAUAAAUGAGGUCUUUGAAGCAAAUCCCGAUACAUGGGUCACGCACUUGAAGGCCGUUUCCCAGAUCAUCUCCCGAAAUUUGCCGCAGUGGAAGACGUGUGAUCAAGAAACACGAAUGUUGCUAGAUAUUUUUGCGUACCAUAGCGUUCUCGCCCUCAUUGGCACGAACCAAAGCUCAUUGUUUAUGGACUACUAUAGAGGAGACACUUGGUCCGCCCUCAAAGGUCACCGAGGCGCCUUCCUUGCGGCAGCGGACCAGAUAAUAUCUUUUGUCGCCAAGCUCUCUGAGCUUUUCCCGGCAUCGCCUGCAGAUGGACCCCCAGAACCCAUUGAGCCUUCUCGACUUGCAAGAGCAAGAUCCCUCAAAGCCGACAUGGAACAUUGGGAUCCCCCUCGAGAAAUCUCCAGUGACGCAUGCAACACGGCCCAAUCAAUGCGUUAUGCUGGCCUCCUGUACUACCACAAGUUGACCUCGAGCUCGCUGACUGAAUGUGAUCGGGAGGAAAUUUUAAGUUACUGCAGGGCCAUAGUUCGACAUAUUGGACAGGUUUCUCUCGACAGCCCGUCUGCAGCAAGCCAUACGUGGCCACUUUAUAUGGCCGGAAGCUUUCUCAAUAGCCGAACGGGCAUAGCCGACCAGGAAACACAAGAUUUCAUCAAGGAACGGCUGGCGGCGUUGAAACUCAGGCGUGGUGUGCGGACGAUAGACUCGGUUCGAGAUCGGCUUGAGUUGGUAUGGAAGUCUGAUGGGACAGACCUCGCUGUCCUGGAUGCUCCUCUGAUUUUGCUCUGGUAG